AGCCUGCAAGUGUCCUGAGCUGUUCAGAGCCGCCGGCAGGCACAGCCUAGGGCAGACGAGGCGGCUGCGACGAUUCCAAAGGUUCUGCUGGAAAUUCGGCGCUGGGGGACCCCAGUGGGAGCCUGUUGCCAUUGUGUUUUAAAAGCAUGCAAGGUCUGUAUAGCUCGGGCGUGAGAAUCUUUCAGAAGCUGUCAGAGCAUCUGAGUAAAUGACACCUACUGGGAAAUUGAAUUGGGGGUAAAAAGAGAGAGAAAAAAGAGAAGAGAAAGACAGCGGGGGAAGAAAUUCUUAGACAACGUCUGACUUGCAGCUGUGAAAAUUCAUUUCUUUCCCAGGCAAAAUAUGAAAAGCCCGCACAUGGAUUUGAUAACAACAAAUUAGAGGGGUUUCUGCAGGGAAAGGAUCAAUAGCUUAGUCAUUUGACUGAAAGAGAGCAGACAGCCUUAUUAAGGGGUUAGGCAGCAGAAAUGAAUUUCCUCCUGACAGCACCUUCUGAAGUCAUGAUGGGAGCUCAUGGUGAUCCUGUCCUGCAAAGCAGAAAUUGCUCCUUGCCUUCCUACUUUUGCAGUUGAAAACCAGCAAUUCUGAGAUUGGGGAGAGAAGUUGGCUUUUGGUUAUACAUGGUUGCUAGCCCCUCUGCCCAGGUCUUUGUCCGACACGUCUCAGAAGGCAGCACUGCGUUAAAGUGACCACACAUGAAUAUGUGUCUAAGAAAGAAGAAAAAGCAGUAUUCAUUUCUAAAGGACAGCAUGGCAAAGCAACCUGAAGUUUCCCAUUUCCCUUCUAACACUUCUUUAACAAGGAUAACAAGAAACUGUCUUUUGACUCCUUUUUUCCCACAUUCCAGAGUCCUUCCUGCAAGGAUGCAUUAAUUUCCACUCUAGGCAGUUGGAUUUUACUGGGACAAUAUUUGUCACCAUUUAGGAUUAGCGAAUGAACUGGUUAUUUUAGUGUGUUGACUAACUAGUGGAACCUAAAUGGGUGGACCGAUACCUGCAGUACUCUGUGAUGUUUCUUUCUUCAAACCCUGGAAAGGCUUUUGUUGUUGCUCUUUGUUUUUUUUUGUGGGGGGGUGAUUUUUGGGGAUUCAGUACUUGUUGCAAUAAUUGCCCAUGAUAGCUGCUCAAACAGGAGAGUUGGAAUUCAUCUUUGAAAAUCACUACAUGUAACAUACGAGACAAGGAAAAUAUUAAUGACAGAAGAUCUGCCAACAUGAUGCACGUGAAUAAUUUCCCCUUUAGAAGGCAUUCCUGGAUAUGCUUCGAUGUGGACAAUGGCACAUCUUCUGGACGGAGUCCCUUGGAUCCCAUGACCAGCCCGGGAUCUGGGCUAAUUCUCCAAGCAAACUUUGUCCACAGUCAACGCCGGGAGUCCUUUCUGUAUCGAUCCGACAGCGAUUAUGACCUCUCGCCAAAGUCUAUGUCCCGGAACUCCUCCAUUGCCAGUGACAUACAUGGAGAUGACCUGAUUGUGACUCCCUUUGCACAGGUCUUGGCCAGCCUGCGAACUGUACGGAACAACUUUGCUGCAUUGACUAAUUUGCAAGACCGAGCACCUAGCAAAAGAUCACCCAUGUGCAACCAACCAUCCAUCAACAAAGCCACCCUAACAGAGGAGGCCUACCAGAAACUGGCCAGCGAGACCCUGGAGGAGCUGGACUGGUGUCUGGACCAGCUAGAGACCCUGCAGACCAGGCACUCCGUCAGUGAGAUGGCCUCCAACAAGUUUAAAAGGAUGCUUAAUCGAGAGCUCACCCAUCUCUCUGAAAUGAGUCGGUCUGGAAAUCAAGUGUCAGAGUAUAUAUCAAACACAUUCUUAGAUAAGCAACAUGAAGUGGAAAUUCCUUCUCCAACUCAGAAGGAAAAGGAGAAAAAGAAAAGGCCAAUGUCUCAGAUCAGUGGGGUCAAGAAAUUGAUGCACAGCUCCAGUUUGACUAAUUCAAGCAUCCCAAGGUUUGGGGUCAAAACUGAACAAGAAGACAUCCUUGCCAAGGAACUAGAAGAUGUGAACAAAUGGGGUCUUCACGUUUUCAGAAUAGCAGAGUUGUCUGGGAACCGGCCUUUGACUGUUAUCAUGCACACCAUUUUUCAGGAACGGGAUUUAUUAAAAACAUUUAAAAUUCCAGUGGACACUUUAAUUACAUACCUAAUGACCCUGGAAGAUCAUUACCACGCUGAUGUGGCCUACCACAAUAAUAUUCACGCUGCAGACGUCGUCCAGUCAACGCACGUGCUGUUAUCUACACCUGCUUUGGAGGCUGUGUUUACAGAUUUAGAGAUUCUUGCAGCAAUUUUUGCCAGUGCAAUACAUGAUGUAGAUCAUCCUGGUGUGUCCAAUCAGUUUCUGAUCAAUACAAACUCUGAGCUUGCCUUGAUGUACAAUGAUUCUUCUGUCCUGGAGAACCAUCAUUUGGCCGUGGGCUUUAAGUUGCUUCAGGAAGAAAACUGCGACAUUUUCCAGAAUUUGACCAAAAAGCAAAGACAGUCAUUAAGGAAGAUGGUCAUUGAUAUUGUACUUGCAACAGACAUGUCAAAGCACAUGAAUCUGCUGGCUGAUUUGAAAACUAUGGUUGAAACUAAGAAAGUGACAAGUUCUGGAGUUCUUCUUCUUGAUAAUUAUUCUGAUAGGAUUCAGGUCCUUCAGAACAUGGUGCAUUGUGCCGACCUGAGCAACCCAACCAAGCCUCUGCAGCUAUACCGCCAGUGGACGGACCGCAUCAUGGAGGAGUUCUUCCGCCAAGGGGACCGAGAGAGGGAGCGGGGCAUGGAGAUAAGCCCCAUGUGUGACAAGCACAAUGCCUCUGUGGAAAAAUCACAGGUGGGCUUCAUAGACUACAUUGUUCAUCCUCUCUGGGAGACGUGGGCAGACCUGGUCCAUCCUGACGCCCAGGACAUUUUGGACACUUUGGAGGACAAUCGUGAGUGGUACCAGAGCACGAUUCCUCAGAGCCCCUCCCCGGCACCGGAUGACCAGGAGGAGGGCCGGCAGGGUCAAACCGAGAAGUUCCAGUUUGAACUGACUUUAGAGGAGGACGGCGAGUCAGACACCGAAAAGGACAGUGGGAGUCAAGUGGAAGAAGACACUAGCUGCAGUGACUCCAAGACGCUCUGCACUCAAGACUCGGAGUCCACCGAAAUCCCCCUGGACGAGCAGGCGGAAGAGGAAGCCGUGGGAGAGGAGGAGAGCCAGCCCGAGGCCUGUGCCAUCGGCGAUCACUCGCCCGACACAUAACAGGGCAGAGACUUCCAUGCCUUUUGUUUGUGUUUUUUGUUUUUUUAAGUAGAAACAUUGUUUCCAAAGUGCAUGUCACAUGCCACAACUACGGUCACACCUCACUGUCAUCUGCCAGGACGUUUGCGGAACAAAACUGACCUUGACGACUCAGUCUAGCGCUCAGGAAUAUCGUCACCAGUUUUUUCACCUCCAUGUCAUCAGAACGAGGGGGACAGCUCCACGAACGGCAGUGUCCGAAGACUGCAGCUCGGUCGAGCUGAAGAAGCAGAGAAAAUCAACUCCAAAGUGUUUUCUAGGGAGUGUGGCUCAUCAGGCAGCCCAAAAGUUGAGAUGAUUUGGGGGUUCUUUUCCUUUUUAUUUGUUUGCAAUAUUUUCAGCAGAAAGAAGGCAUUACAUGGACGGAGUGAAGCGACAGAUGGGUCAGGAACAGGACACAUUGUGAAGCUGUUACCAGGAAGAAGAUGAGCCACAGAAAUUGCAUAAUUUUCUAAUUUCAAGUCUUCCUGAUACCUGACUGAAUAGUGUGGUUCAGUGAGCUGCACUGACCUCUACAUUUUGUAUGAUAUGUAAAACAGAUUUUUUGUAGAGCUUACUUUUAUUAUUAAAUGUAUUGAGGUAUUAUAUUUAAAAAACUACGUUCAGAACUUCAUCUGCCACUGGUUAUUUUUUUCCUAAGGAGUAACUUGCAAGUUUUCAGUACAGAUCUGUGCUACACUGGAUAAACCUAAUUUACAAAUUUUACUUGCACCUUAGACUUCAUAGCAAUUAACUGAUUUGUAGUGACCCAUUGUUUUAUAUACCAAUGACUUCCAUAUUUUAAAAACAAAAAUUGACUUUAUGUUGCAGGAAACCCUUUUUGUAGGUCUUCGUUUACUGGCUUUUCGUUUCACUCCUUUCAGACAUGCAGAGUUGCUCCCCACUUACAUUUCUCUUCACCGUGUGCAAAGUGAAUACUCGUUCCAUAAUACUUUGAUGUGCAUCCUGUCUAAUGUGUCUCAAGCCUCAUGGACACUCAGUCAUCAGUUGGUGUUGUCUGAAGCACGUGAGAGAUAUAGAAAUACCCAGUAGCUAAAAUGGUCAGUCCUUUUUAGAUAUUUUCCUACUUAGCGUCUUCUGAGAACAUUUUGCUGUGGCGAUAGACCCUCAUUUCACAAGUGCAUGUCUCUGUAAUAACCCACACAUUUCAUGCUCGUUUUUGUUUUCACAGUCAUAGUAAGAACUUUUCCCCCUUGUGCUGCUUCAUUACCAGUGUGUGUUUGAACCUCUGUCCACGUUCACUGCGUGGGGUCUUAUCAGAUAUAUCACCACCAUGCUGACUGAUGCAAAGAACAGGUAGUCAAGUUAGAGUUAGCAUUCUUUUCUGCCAUGAGGUCAUAUAUAAUGACUAGCUUUUACUUUUGAUUUACAAAGAAACGUUAACAGCUAGCUAGGUAAUUUUUUAACAAUAUUAGCAGAAUAUAUUAAUGAAGACCAGUACAAUGAAUGCUCUUCUGUUUCUCUGAUUUCACCAUGGGAUUAAGAACUGUAUGAGGAAUAUUCCUGAGAAGUGAUUUUAAGUGUAGCAAUGACUCUUCCUUAAAGGACAGCCAUGUAACAUGUAGCACUUGAUUUAUCAGUUAUCAUUGAUCCAUAAGUAUGUCUUGUGGAGAAGAACUUCUUUAAAUACACUGACAGAAGGAAGUUGAUGAUGCCCGUGGCACCAGAGAUUUGGCAAUAUAAUGCCGUUUUAAAAUACUGGGCUGGGUAAGAAGAUUCCGCAUAAGUCAGACAUUAGAGAUCGCUGUUGGCUAAAUUUAGCAUCAAGAAAUGUAUUACAAUUUUAGAGAUUGAUUCCCAGUAUUUACGUUCAGUUGGCAUCUUGGGGCAUUUUUUUAGUUUGGACUUCCUUCCCACUUCAGCUCUUAAUAAAGUGUUUACCGUCUCUGUGAAGAGUUUGGAGCCCGAAUAAUCAUUUUUUAGAGCGACAUCCAAGAACCCAAGUAGAGGCUAAAGGAGUAUCAGACCAAACGGAAAAUAAAUAAAACACUACAUAAAAUUGUAACCCUGAAAAACAUUUAUAUUGGGGAUGUCAAAAGAAGCCAUCUGGGGACUAAUCACUAAGUCAGCAGCCAGGGAAAUGACCCAAGCUGAAGAUACUAGUUUAAUCCCCUGAGAUCCACUGACGCUUAGAAAUUUGGAUAGAAAAAUUAUGUAGCUCUGAUCUUUCACACAGAGCACAGGAUAGGAAUUGACCAAUUAAUUAUCAGAUUUCCACCCUCCUUCCCCUGUAAAAACCAGACUUUCAAAGAAAGUCUUAUGUUUGGCAAGUGGUUUCACAAGAAUAUUUGGAAACUUGUUUCCAUUUUAAUUUUAUUUGUCCCUGAUGGAGGUUUAGAGGAAAAGGCAAAGAAUCUAGUGUUUAUUCCUUUCUCCAAAAUAUUCUCAUUCCCUCCCCUCCCUAAUGCUUGGUAUUUCCCCCACAGAGUGCCUAGAAUCUUAAUAAUGAAAAAAAAAAAACCAGCAAUAUGUCACAAACAAAUCCAGACCUGAAAAGAUUUAUAACUGCACUAAAAAAGAGAGGCUUUUUUUUUUCAAUUUGUUGGGUUUUAAUGGUCACAUGUUGUAAAGAUAUCCACUGAUGGACAAUCAAAUUGUAGAAGAGACAUAAUAUCCAAAAGAUAGGGACUAGUGCACUAUACAGUAUACUUCUCCUCUCCCUUCCCUUUCGCCAAAGUGUGCUUCAGAAUUAUACACCGCUUUAAAAAGAAUAUCCUUCUACAAGUGACUUUACGUUUCCUAAAAUGCCAUAAGAAAAUGCAAUAUCUGGGUACUGUACGGGGGAGAAAAUGUCCAAGUUUGCAUAAAACCAGUACAUUUCAGCUUGCAAGUUACUAAACACAAUAAUGCUGUUUUAAUUUUCUUUAACGUCACUUAAAAUUCACAAGAAAAUAAUGUAGAUAGAACAAAUUGCAGACAAGGAAAAAAAACUUGAAUGAAGUGGAUUUUACAGAAAGCUUUAUGAUACUCUUUGAAUGCAUUAUUUAUUUUUUGUGCCAUGCGUUUUUUUCUCACCAAAUGACCUUACCGGUAAUACAGUCUUGUUUGUCUGUUUACAACCAUGUAUUUAUUGUAAUGUACAUACUGUAAUGUUAAUUGUAAAUUAUCAGUUCUUAUUAAAACAUCAUCCCGCAAUGGGAUGGUGUUGAUAUAUUUGGAAACUCUUGGUGAGAGAAUGAAUGGUGUGUAUACAUACUCCUUGUACAUUUUCUUUUCUUCUGUAAAAUAGUCUUGUCACCUUAGAGCUUGUUUAUGGAAGAUUCAAGAAAACUAUAAAAUACAUAAAGGUAUAUAAAAUUAAGAAAACAUAGCUGCAGGUCUUUGGUCCCAGGGCUGUGCCUUAACUUUAAUCAAUAUUUUCUUCUGUUUUGCUGCAUUUGAAAGUUAGAUAGUGGUGGGGCUAGGGCUGGGCAUUUCACAUCUGAGCUUUGAUCUGUUGGAUUUCUGGCAACAGCUGGAUUUUACAGAAACACAGACAACCUCUGGAGUAUUCUGAGACCCUUUUGAGAGACAAGCCCUUAGGUACUUUUUGCCAUGAAGCAGCAUGGCAUAUACGAUGGUGAUUUUUCCCUAUCAGAUACUAACUGAGCUACGUUAGUUAGUUACAUUUGAUUUUUUAUUUUCAGACACUACUGGGAAGAUAUACUCUUGUCCAGUGAUUGUAAAAAGUCUUUUUUGGCUUCUAGAGCACAUGGGCAAACGAAUUUGAUUUGAAAUUAGAGCCGUAGGUCACGUGUGUUAGUUAUUCCCUGGCUUCCUGUCAUGUUAAGGAAAUAUAUAAUAUGAAAAAGGUCAUGUUUUUAACCCUUCAACUAAGAUGAACCAAAUUUCCUUACGUAUUACUUACGUAAAUUUACUUACGUAUUACGUAAAUUUACUUACGUAAAUCCAUGUAUUUAAACACAGAGUUUUAUAUGAUGCCAAUUCACACAGCAUAAUGGAUUCACCAUUCUCUAGAAUCUGUUUCAGCAAAACUUGCAUUGCUUUAGAAUUUUUAAAUUCAACCUUGCACAGCUCCUAAAAGCUAUGAAAAAUUCCCAGUGGCCCAGCCCUCAGGAUGUGUGACUUAGUGGAAGGAGAGAUUCUUUUUCUAGAAAAAAUGAGCCUCCUUUUAUUUUCUUUCUUUCUCUCUUUCUUUCUUUCUUUCUUUCUUUCUUUUUUUUUUUUUUUUUGACACAAACUGUAGAUUUUAGCAGCCCUGGCCCAAAGGAAUUUGAUUACUUUUGUUUUAAACAGUACAACGGGGACACUAUAAUUACAAAAAAACAUCCUUACUGAUUUUAGUUGUUUUUAAUUUGAUUUCUUUGGAUAUGUUUUCGGAGUGGUAAAUUGUGUGUGAGCAUUACAAAUGAUGAUUCUUUUAGUGGUUUCAUAGCCUCUCUUACAGCCCAUGGGGAUAGUACUGUACAUCAAUACCUUCAUAUGAAAUUUUUAUAUGCAAUGGAAAUAAAAGCAUGGGUUGAUUCUGCCUA